CCUAGAAAACGUAGUGCAUGAUAAUACUAAUUCUUCCUCGUUGAGAAGUUGGCAGACAUGUCCAUUUCUGUGAGAGAAUAGUUAAUGAUACGAUUUUAGCAAGCUGAAUUCAGUAAGACUUCUGUAGAAGCAUGUCAAAUUAAAAUCCUAAAGAUGACUACCGCUGUCAGUAGUAGUAUAAUAGGGCUCUAUAAAGAUUCCGGAUACAACGUGCAUUGAAAUAUGCCGACCUUGGGCUCACUGGUCUCGUGACAAUUCGAUUCACGCGUGUGACUUGUAACAAAACGAAUAAACUAUGUCUAUUCUCAAUUCAGGAAAGACUUAUCGGUAAUAAAUUUCAUAAUUUUUAAUGUUUUCUCCUCAGGCUUCUAGAUACUCCUACAAACUGCCAUGGUGGAAUUUGGGAGGAACAUCUGAUAGUGGUUUCGUGUAUGCCAUGGCCAAAAAAGCCAGACCUCAGGAACCAGUUCUGCUAGAUGCCGCAGAGGCAUCAGAGGACGAAUCCAAACCUUUGUAUUCUGCACCUGACUCUUAUCGAGGUCUUUCAUAUGCCCCAAAUGUCGCCUAUAUAAGAAAUCCACCAAAAAACUUUCGAGCAGCAGCCAUUCUUAGUGCCAUUAUUUGCUUCUUUCCACUGGGACUAUUUGCUGUCUAUUGUUCAUUCAGAGUGGACAAGUUAUACCGGAGAGGAGAUUUGUCAGGCUCUACCAUCGCCUCCGACAGAACGCGAUUCCUGAUAAACAUGACACUUCUUCUUGGCUCCCUUCUUUGGUUUGGCGGAAUAAUAGGGGUGAUACUAUUUGCGAAUAGGUUGGGCUGAAAAUGUAUUACUUUUACAUGUAUAAUGUAUGUGCUUCUAAUAUGUUGUCGAUGCGCCCAGUAGGGCGAGUUCAGGCACAUAAAGAAUCCGGAAUCUCUUCAGGUGUGUGCAUCACGUGACCACAUGCAUUUUUUACAAUUCCACUUCAUAUUAAGUGCAUAUUGGGCAAAUCUAAAUAUUUGGUUUUACCAAGCUCGGGGUUGGUUAGACUCUCCCUUCCUCCCUUUAUAAGACUGUCUAACACAUAGUCUCCACUAAUGAAAUAAAGAUGUUUGGGGGGGGGGGGGGGGGGGGGGGGGGGGGCUCAUGGAAAAACUCUCAAGUUUAUUCAAUGUUAAGGUGUCAAUAUCCUUUGUAAGAAAUCUUAUAAAGAACAUAGGUAGUUUACCUAUAUACAGCACAGAAUCUCAUAUAAGUAUACAUUCAUGACUGUUCUCACCAUAACUGGGUCACAAGCAAGGAUAGGAAAUCUUUUUGAAAUUUGUUGAGCUAAUGUGUAAGCAUUCUUACACAGUGUGGAUUUAAACGAGAACACCGUUACACUAAAGGACACAAAAGGGACUCCCCCAAGUUUUACAUUGGAAUGGGGGGAAAUAUUUCCGAAAGUUUCUCUGAAACAAGGGCAACAUUUAUCAAAAAGGCAAGCACCCUCAUAUAAUAUUCAAUUUUCUUGAAACAAUUGCCCCUGGGGGCCAGAAUAGGACACUGCCAAUAGGAGAUAUCAAUAUAUCAUUAAACUCUUUUUCUCUCUGGAUCAAUGGUAAUACAAUGUACUGUUCAAACUGGGUUAAACCCUGGGCAUAAUCUUUAUUUCAAGAACCAUAAGGAUACAGUUCGUCUAAUCAAUAUGAAGAGUAGAUUUAAUUUUCUUCAUUCUAUGACCUUGAAGCCAGAGCUGGUCCACAACAAAGAUCUAAAGAUUUAUAUUUUAAAUAGUUAUAAUGCGCCAUUGCCUUAAGCUAGAGUUGGCAUACAGUAGAAAUAUAUAAAGAUUGCCUGCGCGAGUCUUUCAAAUAACAAUAUAAUUCGUUUGUGAAAACAAUGUGCAAACACCCUGAAAUAUGAAUGGUGGAGUAGCAGGUCUAAACUUAUUGUCGAGCCACCACUAGUGUUUCAGCAAGGUAUCUUAUGUGCAAAGUGACUUGUUGAAUUGUGGUUAAUACUUGUAUUUGUUUUUCAAUUUCUCGCUCUAUUUUCAUGUUUAAUCUGUUUAUCUUGUACUCUGCAAUUAUUUUUUAAAAAUGUGUAAUUACCAAAUGGAAUGUCCCAAGAAUGUUAUGUUUCUUUUCUAUGUUUAUUACCAAAAAUGUACAUUUAUUCACAUGUAUAAAUUUGUACAAAUGUUUUAUUUAUUGUUUGGUAUUAAAAAGAAAGUUAAUACUUCAAA